AUUGUGAUGUAGGGAUGCACCAACAGUAAUAAGACAAACCUAAGUAGAAUUAGAAAUGAAGUUUUAUGUGAUUGUAUCAAAACUUCUGACUUUUAAGUGUGUUCCCAACUGGUGAGAGAUAAUAACAAACAAGAAAAAAAAAGGAUGAAAGAACACAGUAUAUUGUACAGUCCUUGAUAUUCUCAAAGUGUAAACCAAACCACGGCUACUAUAACCCCUACCAUUAUGCUUUUUGAAGAAUCAGGAUGGAAUUUGUGGUCCUCCCUCAUUCUUUUUCACCAGUACCUUCCCCCAACUUCCAUUUCAUCCCAAUCAUCAAUCCACUUGAAAGAUUAUUUGCUUCUUACUGUUCUUUCGCUUUCUAGGAAGGGGAUGGAUAUGAGAGGCAGGAGGAGGAGCAUGAAGGGAAAGAUGAACGACGAAGGCACUGCCGGAGAGGAGGAAGAAGAAGAGGAAGACAAAGAUGUUGAAGGUUUAGGGAAGAAAACGGCGUUGACUUUCACCAGCAAGAGCGGAUCUGGUGGAGGGUCCUCGCUGCCUUGUUGCCAGGUGGAGAACUGUGAUGCAGACAUGACCAAUGCAAAACAGUACCACAGGCGCCACAAGGUUUGUGAAGCUCAUGCUAAGGCUCCAAUUGUUGCUGUUGUAGGUCUUUGGCAGCGGUUCUGUCAGCAAUGCAGCAGGUUUCAUGAGAUAUCUGCUUUUGAUGAAGCUAAAAGGAGUUGUCGCAGACGCUUAGCCGGACAUAAUGAGCGCCGCCGUAAAAGUUCAUAUGAUAAUCAGGGAGAAGGAUCGGCCUAAAGUGUUGCAUCCAAAUAUCAUGCUCUCUCUCUUCUGUCUAACCACAGAUUUGCAUGUCUACGAAUUGGCUCCCUGGUCACUCUUGUUUUUGCUCUCUAUCUUCUGUCAACCUUAAGAUGAUGUAUGUGUGCUGUCUAUGCACUGGCUAAUAAUACAAUGUAAGGAAAUGUAAUAAGGUUCAAUUUCCAAACCUCUAAUGCUUUAUGAUAACUGUGAUCUCUCAGUUAUUGAUUGUUGUUGCAGAUUAUCUCGGAUAUUUAUAAGGUUAAUGUUAUUUGUUUGUCCUUUUUUCUAA